AAAGGGAAAUACCGCCACCUGCUGGGAUAACCUGGGAUUCAUACCACCCCUGUAAAACAAUACCAAAAGAGUUACAACUUCAUGACUAGAUCCGAUUAAAGCAGAUUACCUUGCAUAAAUAUCUUUCAGAUUGUGAUUUCUCUCCCCCUUAACGUCCAUCUUUUGCAGAUGAAUGCGCCUCUGUCAGGAGGAGAAGGGGAGGAUAGCAUCAUGCUACAGUAUGCUCCUCUAUCAGAGGAGGUGAAGGAACAUGUUAUCAGGUUGUGGUUAAUCAGGAAAGAGUAUAAAUAGUGAGGAAUCAUGAAGGUCAUUGCACACCUGCAGAGAAAGCCACUGAGAGCGUGACAUGGCGAUGUUUGGAAAGGUUUUGGAGCCGGUGGGCUACAUGCAAACGAUGAGGGGGCUGGUCCAGGGGAUCAGCUCUUACCUGGGGGGUGGGGCAACACAGGAGGAGGCAGCGCUAUCCAGGAAGAACCUGGACUACAUCGACCAGGAGCUGGGCGCUGGGAAACAAGGGCUCCUCCUUGACAAGGAGGUCCACGAACUGGAGGGGGACCUGGCAGUGGUGUACUACCAGCUCGGGACUGCGGUGCGCGCCGAGCCAGAGUUCACCCAGCGGGAGAAGGAGGUAUUCCUCCAGUACAUGACGGACUACCGGCUGGAGCGGCAGCUGACGGCUCUGCACGCCCGUCUGAUGGGGGUUACGGUGCUGACCCAGCAGCCCCCCCUGCUGGAGGAAAUGGUCCAGAAUCAGAGGCCCAAACGAUGGGAGUUGAGGGAGUUCUGUGUUAAGAUCAACUUCGUGCUGGGCACCGGUCUGCUGUGUCUGCUGACCCAGGCGUCGCUGACGGGCCGCGACCAGGCGCUGCUCGUCCGGACCUGGUCCGAGCGCAUGGGCGCCCUCUAUCGCCGCAUGAAGACCACAGGCGGACGCUGCUCCGGCUACUUCCUGGAGCAGGCGGAGGAGGACGUGAGGUCACAGCUCAACGCCGCCCAGGAGAACCGCGCCGCCCCCGACGCCGCCGCCGCCGCCAUCCUGGACGCCCUGGAGAAGAACUACGACUGGCUCCGCUGGGCGGUGAUGCUGCACCCCGCCCUCCCGAAGGGGGAGGAGCCGCUGGGCGACGACGACGGCGUGCCGGCCGAGCGGCAGCCCAAGCACUUCCUGUCGGUGGCGUCGGAGCCGCCGUGCCCCCAGGUGGUGGCGUGCUUCAAGGACCAGCCCACCUCGCUGGAUAAGAGCCGCAUCCACCAGCUGAUCGUGGACCUGGAGUGGAAGAUCCCCAACCCGCCCCCGGACGUGUACGCCGCCAUAGAGAAGGACCCGGGCCUCGCCCAGCGCUACCUGGCCACCCGCAUGCUCAGCAAGCUGCAGGAGGGGCUGGGGCCGGGCGUGGCCGUGCACGUGGUGCCCGGGCGCAUGGAGAUGAAGUGCAACUUCCCGACCGCAUCGUAUUACCUGUACGAGUACAAACACCGUCUGGCUACCGGCACCGUGUGCGUGUUCGGAUAGAGAGGGAGGGGGGAGAGGGACAGAGAGGGACAGAGAGAGACAGAGAGAGACAGAGAGGGAGGGGGGAGAGGGACAGAGAGAGACAGAGAGGGACAGAGAGGGACAGAGAGAGACAGAGAGGGACAGAGAGAGACAGAGAGGGAGGGACAGAGAGGGAGGGGGGAGAGGGACAGAGAGAGACAGAGAGGGACAGAGAGAGACAGAGAGGGACAGAGAGAGACAGAGAGGGACAGAGAGAGACAGAGAGGGACAGAGAGAGACAGAGAGAGAGGGACAGAGAGAGACAGAGAGGGACAGAGAGAGACAGAGAGGGACAGAGAGGGACAGAGAGAGACAGAGAGGGACAGAGAGAGACAGAGAGGGACAGAGAGAGACAGAGAGGGACAGAGAGGGACAGAAAGAGACAGAGAGGGAGGGGGGAGAGGGACA